AUGUCUUUUAAAUCACAAUUGGAUAAGAAAAAAGCUCAAGAUGAAAUGCGAAAGUUGAUGAUUGAGCGGAAAAAUAAAGAUAAAAAGCCUGUAAAAAUUCAAAAUCCCUUGGCUAAAUACAAUAGUGCUGGGCAGUUACUGUGUAUACUUUGUUCAUCAAUAGUUAGAUCAGAACAUGUAUGGCAAGUCCAUAUAAAUAGUAAACAACACAGGGAAAAUAUUGAUCAGGCCCAGAAACUCAAAGAACUGACCAAAAAUUUUACUGAUGGCAAAGUUAAGAAAAGAUUGUCUACGACUCCAUUAGAUGCACCACAAGAAAAGAAAAUAAAAGGAAUUUUAAAAAACUCUGGUGAAUGUGUUUCUUCAUCGCUGAAGCCAAAAAAUGAUGCUCCUGUUAUUUACUCUCAUCAUGAUGAACAAAUUAAUAGGAAGCCCUUAAGCUUGACACCUGAGGAAAAUAUUGCUGAUGGUAGUUUAAAAGAUAAGAAAAUUGAAGAAGAAGAAGCAAAAUCUGAUCAACCAAUACCAGAGGGGUUUUUUGAUGAUCCUAAAUUGGAUGCUAAGGCUCGAAACAUUGAGUAUAAAGAUCCAGUAGAAGAAGAAUGGGAUAAGUUUCAAAAAGAAAUUAAAGAAGAAGCUACAACAUCUGCUGAGAUAAUUGCUGGUGAACAGGAAGAAGCUACCGCUGAAAGACAAAUAGAUGAAAUUGAUGAGCAAAUUAGAAAUUGGUCUAGAGUGUUGGAUCUUGAAUUGAAAAAAGAAGAAACUAAAAAGAAGAUAACAGAUGUUGAUGCAACAAGUGACAAUGGUGAAAGUGAUUCAGAUGCUGAUGUUGACUUAAAUGAAUUUUUAGAUUGGCGGGCAAAAAGAUCUUAUAGUUAA